AUGGACAAGGCACUGAACGAAACACUUGCGAGUCUGCCUGAUAAUACCAAAAUUUAUCCUGGCCAUGAAUACACGAAACAAAAUUGCAAGUUUCUUGUGAAAGUCUUGCCAACAGAUCCCGUGAAGAAGCUGCAAUCUUUUGCGGAGAACAAUAAAGAAACACAGGGCAAAUUCACAAUUGGAGAUGAGAAGGAAUACAAUGUUUUCAUGAGGUUGAAGGAUCCGACUGUACAGAAAGCAACUGGAAAGACCGAGCCUGUCGAAGUCAUGGGGACGUUGCGAGAAAUGAAAAAUGCCGGAUGA